AUGCUGACGCCUGCAAUCCCGACUCACCGGAUCGCGGAGUCCACUCACCACCGACUCAUAGAGUUCGUCAAAUCUGCUCUAAUCAAAAUCUUCGUCUCCCCUUAUGCCACUGUGUGCGAUUUAUACUGUGGAAGAGUACCUGAUGAAGAAAAAUGGGAUGAAGCUCAAAUUGGUCACUACAUAGGCGUUGAUAUUGCGACAUCCGGAGUGAGUGAAGUUAAGGAGGCACGGGAGAGUCAGCGCAAGACUUAUACUUCUGAGUUCUUUGAGCUUGAUCCUUGCAUUGAACAUUUUGAAUUGCAAUUGCAAGACAAUGACAAUAUGGCCGAUAUAGUCUGUUGCAUGCAGCAUUUGCAGUUGUGCUUUGAAAGUGAGGAGAAAGCAAAGAGACUAUUGCAUAAUGUAUCGUCUUUGCUGAAACCAGGGGGUUAUUUUCUUGGUAUUACUCCUGACUCAUCUACUAUAUGCCUAAUGGACUAA